AUGAAAAAAUUUGGAAGAAAUUUCAUUAAAGAUUUCGAUUUAUUUGCAAAACCUUUCUCCUUUUUUGUAGGCAAUAAAAAAAGUAAGAGUACUCUUAUUGGAGGAUUUCUUUCAUUAAUGAUUAUAGGAGUAUCAAUAUAUUACUUUUAUUAUCUGAUGGACUUGUAUUUUUCAAAUAAAAUUGAACCCAAGAUUACAGAAAAUUUUAAGAUAGAAAGCAAUUUAAGUAGCAUUCAUAUUCAAGAAAGUUUUUUUAUCAUAGAGAUGCUUAUCAAUGGUUAACCUCUUAAGUAAUAUGAAUAAUAGGUAAACAAAGUAUAUCUCAACUAUUCUAUCAAUUAUGAGUAGUAUUACGCAAAUGGUACAAGUUAAAUCACUUCUUUACCUAUAUCUUAGUGCACUGAUUCUAACUUCACAGGAUAUCUUUGUAUCGAUUAAAGUGCAUUCUAACAAAGCUUAGACAUUUACAACAACCCAGUCGCAUAGGUUUCAUCUGAUUAUGCUAUAAAUAUAAAUCCUUGUGAUAAUUCUACCAUCCCAAAUUGUGCUACUUAUGAUGAAAUAUAUGAAUUAAUCUUUCAACCCUAGAAUUAUUUUUAGAUUUUUACAAAAAUAAAGCAAUAUAAUACAAACACAAGAUAGUUUGAAGAUGGAUAUAAGUCUGAAUAUUUUUAUUUCGAUCCAUAUAUGGUAACUUACACUAGAAUGGAUUUAGUAAUAGCAACAACAACUCUAACUCAAGGUAUAGUGUUUUAAACUACUACAAAAAAUGAUAACAUUUAUAACUAUUAAAGGUUAGAUACAUAUUUUACUAAAUAAGGAAUAUAAUAAAGGAUGGCUAUUAGUGGAUUAGCCUAUAUUGUUUAUGAAUUAAACUAAGUUCAUAAUUACUUUUAGAUUUAAGAACCUAUGGUAACUGAAUUAUUAGCAUAGUUUAUGAGUAUUUUUAAUACACUCCUUAUUAUUGGAUUCUUAGCUAGGUUACUUGCAGAGUCUCAUAUUGUUGAGGAUAUGAAUAAUAUUUUACUCAAAGAAUAUUAUAAAAGAACAGCUCUUAGGCUUGUUUAGAGACAAUAGCUUAAAAAGGCAUUUCAAGCUAUUGAAAAAGCAGAGCCAUCAGCUUAAGCAUAAAUAAUACAAAGCUUUAAUUCAAUGAGCAAAGUUCAGGUAUUGAAAGAGCCGUCACCAGAAUAGUAAAAAUCAAAAUUAUUUGUAGAAAUUAACAAAGAAAUAUCAGAUACUAAUUUUUCUGAAUAGUUAUCAAAAUACUUUAAUUUAGGUAUAAAAGAUAGAAUUAAGCAUUUUAUUUGUUCAAUUUUCGCCAGAAAUCAUAAAGUAGAUGAAAAAAAAGAUCCUAAUUCUGACUCGAUAUUGUAUGCUAAUUUGUUAAAAUAGUCAUUAAAAAGGAUUAAUAUAUUCGAAGUAUACAAAGAUUUGAUAAAAAUAAAAAUGGCAAUAAAGCUGAUAAUGACAAAAGAGUAGUAUGCAGCUAUGCAAUUUUGUGGUUCUGAUAUGUGUUCAGAAGAUUAGGAAAUUAAGGUGGAUUAAAAUAAGGAAUAAACUAAAAUACAAGAAAAUGAAAAUAUAGGCCAACGCAAAAUUUCAAUAAAUAAUAUAAAUUUAUCAUAGAAAAAUUUUAAUUGUGUUUUGUCUCCAGAUAUAAGAUAAAGUAAGAAAAUAUUGAGUGCAUUUUCUAAAGAAAAAAAUAAUGAAAAUAGCUCAUAAACAAUAUAAAAGAAUAAAAUGACUAAAUUUUCUUUAAAUAGCAAUUAGAGUUUACAUCAAAAUUGCUAAUCUUAAAACCAAGUAGGAAAGCAAUUUUUUUCUAAAUAAAAUUAAAAUAGAUCUAAGAAUUUUUCUGACUCAGAAAUAAUAUUAUUUUCCAGAAGAGAUUAAUAAACGAUUGCAAGUAAGAAUUAAGUGUUAGAUAGUAUUAAUAAUUUACCUUUUAUUUUACCCACUUCACCAAAAAAGUAAACAUCUAACUAUUAAGAAAGAGAUAACAUUUAAAAUUUAAAAUGUUAAGGUGAUUAAAAUGUAAUUAAUAAUGAUAAUUUAUCUUCAAAUACUAGCUUAGAAGAGUAACAAAAAACAAAAGAAAUAUUUUAGCAAAAUGAAAUAUAAAAUUUGAAAUCUCAUUUAGUUGAAAUGGACAAAAUAGAAUCUGACUUGAAAGAAUAAGAAAAAUAUUUAAAUUAGUUUUUGAUAAAAAUGAAAAAUUAGAAUUAAAAUACAAUUAAUCCUGUUGACUAGCACAUAUUUUAAAGCUUGCUUAUAAAUGAUUAGCAACAAAAUAAAAUUUUUAACUUUAGCAAUUUAUAAAAUGUUAAUUUAGAGAAAAAUUUAUCAAUAGAUUUCCAGCCAAGGUUAUCUAAAUUAUUAAUAGAUUUCUAAAAAAAUUAAAAUAAAACUCGCUCAUAAAUCAUUUGA